UGCCAUCAAGUGCGCAUCUAUUUGUUCAAAGAUUCAAACAUUAAUAAACUGAGCACUGUUUGCAAAGAGACGGUGUCUGUGAGAGUGCCUCACGUGUUCCUCAUCCAAUCUUAAAAAGAAAAGGAACAACAGUAAAGUAACACCGAUACACAUUCCCAGAAACAUUAUUAAUCCAGUUUUAUCGCUGCAUUUGCAUGCAGCUCGUUGGUUCGAAUAUUAGAUUUUCUACUGGAUCAUUGAGUGCGUAAGAGGGACCAAAAAAAAUUGACGGCAUUCCGGUUCGAUAGAUACGCAGCGAAAAAAAAAAUAAAUAAAUAAUAAAAUAAAGCAGAUCAUAUACGGGACCUUCGGCAUGUGUUAAAAGUGACUAAAAUAAAAAUAAAACACUCGUACUUGGGCGAUAAUUGAGCCAAAUUAUUUAAUCACACACACACACACAUACACGGAGUUUUCCGCGCCAAGGUUUUUUCUAUCCUAUUUUCGAAUCUCUUUAUUCUCUUCUCUUCUAUCUUGUCCACUUUAGAGAAUGCGAUUUGCAAUAUUUUCCUUGCUCAUUGCACAAACAUUGCUCGCUUCGUGUGCGUUCGACGAUUUCGGCGGCGAUUUGGAAGAAGUGACUUCGUUCGUGUCCAAAGUUGAUCCGAAGAAUGACUCUGGAUGGCCGUGUCAUUGUUACAAUUCGACGGAGUCUUUCAGUCAGACGGUGGUGGAAUGUCGCUGCUACGGGAAAGAGUUCAAAGAGGUUCCCAUCGAUUUGCACGAGAACCUACACAAGAUCACAAUUACACAUUCCGAGAUGAAAGUCAUCGAGUGCGACUCAUUCCAGCCCUACAGAUACACCUUGCAUGAUGUGAUUUUAGAAAAUAUGCCAUCUCUGCGUGUGAUCGAGGCGGGAACAUUCCGCGACAUGCCGAAUCUGCGAACGAUAUACAUCUCGCAUUCGCCGCAAAUUAAAUUCCUGCAUGGUUUAUUCGACGGAGUCACAGCCAAAAAGUUUUUAUCACUGAGAAUCGUCCGAACAAGUUUGAUCGAAAUACCGGAUCUGUCCAAUAUCCACUCGGAUAACAUUAUGCACAUGGUGGAUCUGGAUGGAAACAAAAUCGAACGGAUCAGGAGAAAUGCGAUUAAAAUCAAGGCGGGUCAAGUAACGCUUAACUACAACCAAAUCAAUUUCGUCGAGGACUUGGCAUUCAACGGUUCGCAAAUCGGCAAACUGAGUCUGAGGGGAAACAGGGAAUUGACGGAGCUGGAUAAGAAUGCGUUCAAGGGUCUGAACGACAUCAAUGAAUUAGAUUUAUCUGAGACCUCCAUCAAGGAACUUCCGCUCGUCGGUCUCACGAAGAUCGAAGUAUUGAAGAUCGAUAAUACCCCCUCGAUGAAGGUCAUUCCAAGUGUUUACGAUUUUUCUUAUUUGAAAGAAGCUCAUCUGACACACCCGUUCCAUUGCUGCGCGUUCAAGUAUCCGGAGCAACACGAUCCCAAAAGGCAUGCGGAAUACGAGGAGAUCUUACGCAGGAAUUGCCAAAAACUAAUGCUCAAUAAUGGUACGAAUCAGGGAAUCACAGUUCGUAAGCGUCGCAGCAACAGCUACGAAGAUUACGAUGAUGAAGAAUCUUGGGGAGCUUACAACAAUAUGGCUUACGAGAGCAGUCCAAGCGCGCCGAGCCAUUGGGAUCAGCUGGACAUGAACGGAUCGAAUCUACCAGCCCUAAGAGGUCAAACAAUAGAAUGGCACGACGCGAAACCUAUUCAGCAGCAAGCCGUUCUUGGGACCUUCCACGAUUCAUCGGCCGAAUUGACGCAGAUAAUGGCAUUCUGCGGGAAUCUCACAAUAAAAACGUUGAAUGUUAUCUGCUAUCCAGAACCGAACGCUUUGAAUCCUUGCGAAGACAUCAUGGGUUCUUACUAUUUGAGAAUCUCCGUUUGGUUCGUGGUUGUCCUUUCGGUGUUGGGAAAUCUGGCUGUAAUCAUAGUGGUACUGUUCAGCGGCGCCGAAGUCACCGUACCCAGAUUUCUAAUGUGCAAUCUCGCAUUUGCUGACCUCUGCAUGGGUCUUUACCUACUCCUAAUUGCUAGUAUGGAUUUACACUCGGUCGGAACUUAUUUUAACUUUGCCUUCGAUUGGCAGUAUGGAUUCGGUUGCCAAGUGGCUGGAUUCCUGACGGUGUUCGCAAGUCAAUUAUCCAUAUUCACGUUGACCAUUGUAACUGUUGAGCGAUGGUUUGCAAUAGCCUACGCGAUCUAUCUGACACGAAGGAUUCGAUUAGGAUUGGCGGCUAAAGUAAUGAUAGGCGGAUGGAUCUACUCCUUCCUGAUGGCUUCUCUACCACUGUUUGGUGUUAGCAACUAUAGCAGCACAAGCAUAUGCCUACCGAUGGAGGUAAAAGCUAUAGGCGAUAAGGCCUACUUGAUCAGCAUGAUCGCCGUCAACGGUUUGGCCUUCGUCUUGAUCGUAUUCUGCUACGCCCAAAUCUAUUUCAGCCUUGCAUAUGAAACGCGACAUACGGUCACGCUGGGCGAGAUGACGAUUGCCAAGAAGAUGGCUUUGCUUGUCUUCACGGAUUUCGUUUGCUGGGCGCCGAUUGCCUUCUUUGCGCUUACCGCUUUGGCCGGAUAUCCGUUGAUCGGCGUAACGAGAUCAAAAAUCCUCUUGGUCUUCUUCUACCCUUUGAACUCGUGCGCAAACCCGUACCUCUACGCGAUCACCACUGCCCAAUACAGGAAAGACUUCUUCGUGUUGCUCUCAAGACUCGGGUUGUGCUCAAAGAAAACUGAAAAGUAUGGAUUAACAACAACACUACAAACUAACACUCAUCCCGUUCCAUUAAUAACGAGAAGCAAUGGACGAAAGACAAGCACAGUUUUACCUACGAGCGGUUUGGAAGACGCCUUUGUGUGAAGAGGAUUCAACGAUUCCGAUGGAAACUUAUGAUCGGGGAAGAUGCGUGUCAAGACGGCAGCUUUCCAAAUGAAUUUGUGUGAUUGUGUUCCAAUUGGACCGACCUCAAAUAUUUCAAUGGAAAACGAUCGAUAGAUCUUAACAUUAUGAUUCCUUGCAAUUUAUAGAUUCUAGUCAAAUUUAGAUAGAUUCUUUCAUAUUUAUACAUACGUUACAAAACCAAAUUAGAUCUCAAUAUAUUUUAGCU